UCUUCUUGUGGAGUAGAGAAGUUCGUAUUUGUAUUUCCUUUGUACUCGCGAUAUUGUAUUAAAAUACGCCAGUAUGUCCGAUUCCGAAGUACAAGAGUCUGGUCCUGGUAAUGAAGUGUUUCACGCAGAUGACGAGAACGCGGGUGCAUUCGAAGUUCCAGCGACCGAGGUUGCCGACGAAAGCAAAAAAGAGCCCGAGGAACAAGUUGCCUUAGUUGACACCGAGAAACAGGAAGAUGGCGGCCACGAGAAAGCUGAGAACAAAGAAAAGUCCGCUGAUCCAGAUGACAAAACAGACGAAGAUGAAAGAAAACUUUUUGUUGGUGGACUAAGCUGGGAAAGUACACAAAAGGAUGUACGAGAUUACUUCUCAAAGUUCGGUGAGGUAGUGCAGUGCAUUGUCAAGACGGAUCCAAAUACUGGAAGAUCUCGGGGAUUUGGCUUUAUUGUUUUUGCAUCGAAAGAUUCUAUUGAAAAGGUGAUGGCAACAACACACACAUUAAAAGGAAAACAGAUUGAUCCAAAGGUUGCAAACAAACGACCAAAGCCUGAGCCAAUCAAGAAGGUGUUCGUUGGAGGUGUGCCAGCUGAUUUGGAAGAGGCAGAGAUCAGAAAGCAUUUUGAGAAGUUUGGAAAGAUUUCCGAGUUGGCGCUUCCGUUCGACAAGGUGAAGAGCGCGCGGCGAAACUUCUGCUUUGUACUGUUUGAGACGGGAGAGGGUGCGCAGGAAGCUGUCAAGUCCCUGAAGCAGACGAUUGGUGGCCACGAGGUUGACGUUAAGUUGGCAACUCCAAAGGAUCAGCAGGGUGGCUGGGGAGGAGGAUGGGUUGAGAGAGGUCGUGGUGGCAGAGGAGGCCGCGGAACCUUCCAAAGAGGCCGUGGUGGUCGUGGAGGUGGUUGGAACCAGGGUGGUGGCUGGGGCGGUGGCUACGACCAGGGCUACGGCGGAGGCUACGGAGGCUAUGGAAAUUACGAUUACGGCAGUGGAGGUUACGGAAGCGGAGGCUACGGUAGUUACGGUGGUUACGGCAGUGGAUAUGCACCUGGUGGACAGAACUAUGAUUACUCGUCGUGGGGAUACGAUGGACAAGGUUAUGGCGGUUACGGCGGGUACGGAAAUGGGGCAGGUGCGUAUGACUACAGUGGGUGGGGCUAUGGAGACCAGAGUGGUGGUGACUAUGGCAAGCAAAAGGGAGGAGGAAGGAGCAGUGGUUAUCAUCCCUACCAGCGGCAGUGAACAUAAACACAUUCUUCAAUUACUUCCCGAGUAAAAUACCUCCAGGAGGGGAGGGUUGGGCUCGAAGCCGUAUCCAUGUAGGCGGGAGGUCCUGUGGUAAAGAUUCUGCUCAGUACUCUGAAUAAAGUCUGUUUAAUUGUGGCCUUUUAGUGACAGUGGCAAGACAUGAAACAUGUACUGGCAGAAGUUUAUGGAAGUUUCAACUUUCAGUGACAUUCUUGUAGGAAUAAGGAAGCCAAUUCCGUGUCACCCGUGAACACUACGCAAAGAGCCUAGCUGUCUUUUAUAUAUAAACAAAAUAGGUUUCUUCCCCACAGUUUGACAAUUAUUUUAAAAGGAAAUUUUCUUGAUAUUGUCUCUUUUAGUACGUUUUUGGUCGCAAGUGUGAGUUGUCAGAUAUUUUCUGAGGUCAUUGAGUUGUUCAGCUGUAAGAAAGUGUAUUAGACUCAGUGCCUUCACUGAAUGGAGAGUGUGCUGUGUGCGAUUGAGCUGGUAGUUGCCAUAGACCAGUACGUUACUAAUGCCUCUUCUAUCUAUAUUGGAUGUUUGUAAAUCACUCUGCAUUGUAUGCAAUCAUAGAAAGUCCAUAAUUGCAUUUCAAAUUUAUCCCCAUGUAAAUAUAGUUCCAAGAUAGACACGUUACUGUUAAAUGUGAUUGGUGUAGCACAAAGGAAAGGGUGACAAAUGUUGUUAUGAAGACUUCGUAGCAUUUCUCAGAUUUAAUGUUGUGUGUUACUGCAUAUAGCUUGAUACAUGUAUGAGACCCUGUGGUUUCCAUUGAGUAAUUUUGAUCAUGGUUAGGUUUUUAAUGUCAAAUGUCAAACGCUUUUUUGCAAUUUUACUUGUAUCGUCAAAAUGUGUAAUCAUUGUCAUCCUGACACUAGUAAGCACCAGUACCAUGUAUUCAGGUUGACAAUUUCGGAUUUGUUUUCUUGUUGGUCGUACCUAUUCUUGCAAAACAGUAAUAUUGUACAAAGUCCGUUUACCUAAAUAAAUUUUGUCGUGAUAAAUGUAAUUAAA